AGCCAUGGAGGACUGAGGGGAGACCAGCCGUGGGCAAAAGCUUGGAGGCUGGAAAAUGAAGGAUGCGGUAAAGCAUGCGAGCCAAUUCGGCUGAAGCAGAGUGUGUCUAAUGGAGCUUGUGAGGCUGGAGAGCAGGUACCCUGUGAGUUCUUCACGCUGUGGGUGCUGGGACCUGCUUGGCAACUGACUCCCUGGGAGCGUCUGGUUUUAAGUAACAGCAGCUGUUCCCGGAGCAACACCCACUUAAUCACAGAGGACACAGGAGCCAUGGGUCAGGCAAGUCUUCAGACUCCCUCAGCCUGUGUGGUGAGAAUCAGGGUCCCCCCAGAGAGCAGGAAAAAUCAAACCCAGGGUGACUGCCUGCAAAUUCUCUUUACCCCCCUUCACUUCCUACGCCGUAAGUCCUUCUUCCCCUGGCCUCAGUUUCCCCAUCUAUUCAAUCUAUCCAACACCCACCCCAGGAUUGCUUUGGGAGGAGAAAAAGCGGGGUUGCUGGAGAAGCAGCCCCUCCUACUCUCCUCUCCUCGCCCCUGCUCCUCCAGCGCUCGGUUGGGGGGCCUCACCGGCGGUCCUGUGCCUCAAGAAUGCCCUCGUAGGCGUGUGUCAUCGUCACGGGAGGAGGAAGAGGGAGAGGCGGCGGCAAGGUCGCCACCCUCCACCCCCCGGUCCCCGGCCCCCGGCCCUCCGCGGCGUCUUCCGCAGCGUCGCCAGCAGCGGCCCGCGCCCCCGCGCGCUCCCCGCCCUGCCCGCCUCCGGCCCCGCGCGCCCGCCCCGGCGACCCUGCCGCUUGGAGCCGCGCCCCCGGGAGCCGCAGUGCCCAGCCGCCCGGGGCCGGCGCGGAGCAGGCGGCGAGAGGCGGCUCCCAUGCGGCACCCGCGUGGCGGCGCGGGCGGCGGGCGCAGGUGA